AUGGCACCAAACGAUAAGAACAAACAAUCUUUACUCAAGCCUGUUUGGAACUUAUUGGGUAACCUUAAAUCACAAAUCGCCCAAGGCAAGUUCUUCCAAGAUGUUGGCGUACUUCACGAUCUUUUGAAGACUGCAGCUAACGGCGGUGCACAAAAUGACAGAGAAUUUUUGUUAGAAAGAAUGGUUGGUAUUCUCUCAACUAUUCCAUCUACACCAGAGAAUGAUAGACUCACCGGUAAAUUCAUUCAAAUGCUCUGGCAAGAUCUUCCACAUCCACCAUUAAACUACGUUGGUGAUGUUCCAUUCAACGGUAACGAGCACGUAUCAGGUAGUCUCCGUAUCAGACAUGCCGAUGGUUCACUCAACAACCCAUUCUUACCUUCAUUGGGUAAAGCAAACACUCCAUAUGCUCGUAACGUUGCCUUGAAGCAUGUCUACACUCAACCACUCCCUUCUGAGGAAGACGUCUUCAACAAGCUCCUCCGUAGAAAGGAAGGUGACUUCUUGGCUCACCCAACUGGUUUGAGCUCACUUUUCUUUAACUUCGCUACAUGCGUCAUCCACACUAUCUUCAGAACAGACACCAAAAACUCAGCUGUUAACGGUACUUCAUCUUACAUGGAUUUGGCUAUUGUAUACGGUAACAACGUUGAAGAAGAACACUCCGUUCGUUCAUUCGAGAACGGUCAUCUUAAACCAGAUACCAUUUCUGAGUCAAGAUUGUUCAUGAUGCCACCAGCAAUUACCACACUUCUCAUUUUAUUGAACAGAAACCACAACUACAUCUGUGAGAACAUCUUCCGCGAAAACGAGAAGAAGUGGUACAAACCAUGGGCAGAACUUGACGAUGAAAACAAAAAGAAACAAGAUGAGGACAUCUUCCACACCGCUAAGCUCAUCAACUGUGGUUUCUUCGCCAACAUUGUCUUACACGAUUACUUGAGAGCUAUCCUCGGUCUCACACGUUCAAAGUCAACCUGGGUUCUCGAUCCACGUGCAGAAGUUCACAACAUGGGUCAACCACCACUCGAAACUGGUACUGGUGGUGCUGUCUCUAUUGAAUUCAAUGUUCUUUACAGAUGGCACUCAGUUCUGUCAAAAUCUGACACAGAAUGGACUGAGAACUUCUUCAAGAAGAUGUUUGGUGAUGAUGUUGACUUUGACAAGAUCACUCCAAGAGAAUUUGGUCAAAAGGCUUAUGGUUUAAUUCAAGCUUCUGGUAAUGAACCAUCCGAGCGUAACAUUCCAGGUCUCAGCCGUCAAGAAAAUGGUACCUUCAAGAAUGAAGAUCUCGUUGGUGUUUUGAAGCAAGCUAUUGAUGAGCCAGCUGGUUCAUUCAGAGCUAGAGGUACACCAUCUGUUCUCCGUGUCGUUGAUAUCAUGGGUAUGAAACAAGCACGUGAAGUUUGGGGAUUAUGUACAAUGAAUGAAUUUAGAAAGGCAAUGUCAUUGACUCAAUUCAAGUCCUUCGAAGAGUGGAACAGUGACAAGGAAGUCGCUCAAGCAGCUCGUGAAUUGUAUGGACACAUCGAUAACUUGGAGUUAUACCCAGGUUUAUUAGCUGAAGAGCAAAAACCACCAAUCGAAGGAUCAGGUUUGUGUCCAGGAUACACAGUCUCAAGAGCUAUCUUAUCAGAUGCCGUUUCACUCGUUCGUGGUGACAGAUUCUUGACUAAUGAAUGCACACCUCAAGCAUUGACUACAUGGGGUUACAACUACAUUCAACCAGAUAACAGCAACAAGGCAUUCGGUGGUAUGCUUGUCACACUCCUUGAAAACACUCUUCCAAACACUCUUGAUAAGGAUUCAGUUUACGCUCUUUUCCCAUUCAACACUCCUGAGACAAUGAAGAAGAACUUGACUAAAUUGAAGAUUGAGAAGGAAUACAAGUUCACUACCAAUUAG